AUGGAUUAGUCUGGUUAAUCAAGAACUAACUUGUAAAAAUAGGAUGCUGCCAAAAAUAUUAUUCAAGAUUAAGAAGAGGAUAUUAUUCUAUAAGAAGCUAUUCUCUAAUCACUAAAACCUAGCUAUGCGUAGAAUCAGAUAUAUGAUGUCAAGAAAGAAAACUAAAUAUAGGAAGUAUUUGGUAAUAAAGAAUAAAUUAGAUCAAGUCAUAAUAUCAAUGAAUCGAAUAAACUCAUAAAUAUUUAGAAGCCAAAGUAACAUAGUGAGACAGCACAUGAUGAUUUAUUCUAAAUUAUUGAUUACAAGAAGCAGAUAGGUUAGAAAUAAAAUGCAAUUUUAAUAACUGAACGAAAAGAAUUAGAUUUUAGCAAAUAGGGUAAGAAAGUUGAUGAACCAGAUAAAUAUGACUAAGGUAUCAACUAGAUAUAAUAACCAAGAACAAGGCCUUAUAUGUUUGAAAUCUAACAAGCAUUAUAAUAGUAGAACAGAAAUUAAAUGAUGUAAAAUUAAAACAGUUUACAAUUAUUAAGACAAGUACCUUCUGCUAACGAAUACAUUAAACCAAGCACAGUCAACAUUGUUGCAGACCCAAAUAAAAAAUCAGGAUAGUAGACUUCUCAAUACUAAACUUCUAUAGACGGACUUGAUGAGCUUUUGAAAUAUAAACAGAUUCCAGGAUAGGAAUAGAGGUUAUCAAUAAAAGCUGGAACCUCAACAUGCUAGAAUUAUGAUAGUUUCAUUGAUGAGAUUAAUCAACUUUUCCAGAAAUACAAGAAAGAUCUUGACUACCAUCAUCGAAGUAUUAUAUUUAGAUUCAAGAAAUCUACAGAAAAAUGGGAUAUUGAUUUGUUCGAAGAAGUUAAGAAUUUAUCACAGAACUUUAAUUCUACAUUUUAAUUUAGAAUUGAUAAAGCUUAAAAUCAACUUUAAUACAUUUAAAAUAAGCCAACAAAUUUUCAAAGUAAAUUAUUAAUAAUUGAAGAUGGGUUUAAAAAUGACUAUGCUAAACUAAAACAACCAUAAAUAAAACCAAUAGAUAACUUUCCUACUGGUAUCUCAAGGCCAUAUUACUAUGAUUAAUAAUUUGAAGUUGAUGAGAAGAGCACUAUAUUAUAAAAGAGAUUAUAACGUGUCCAUUACUAAGACGAUUUGGAAAAAUUAAGUCUAAAGAGGUAAAAGAUUGUAGAUGACAGUGACAUUAGCCAAUUCAUGGUUGAUGAUAAAUUUGAUUAGAUUAUAAAGAACUUAGACUAUGAAGUGCAAUAAGAUUAAAAACUGGAUUAUAUCAUAGAGUCUACUGCGAAAAGGAAUCCUCUGAUAUAAAGUAAAAUAGAAAAAGAUUAAUCUAAAUUUUCUGAAAUGGAUAAAUCUCUCUCCGAAUUAGAUUCAAUCAUUAGUCAUCGUAAGCAAGGAAAUAAUAAAAGGUAGCAACAAGUGAUAGAGAACAGUAGAGCAUUAAAUUCAAAUAUCUAAAGAAAGCCAUUGAAAGGUUAGAACUAUUAUUUUAAAGAAGACAAGCUAAAUGUUUUUGAAGUUUAGUAAACUUCAGAAAGCUAAGUAAAAAAUCAAGAAAAUUUUAUUGACAAAUCGUAUAUUAAUCCGGCAGUAAUUUAAUAAUUUGAAUAAGUCCCAAGCAUUAAUAAUGUGCCUAAGCAUUCAGAUAGAAAGACACAGCAAUAAAUAUUGAGUAGAGACAAAGAACGAAGAAAUAGUUCCUCCAAUACUUUGUCUGAAUUAUCAGAAGUUGAGAAAAUAGAUGAUCAGAGCUAUUUCUGA